GAAAACAAUCUUUCAUUUUUUUAUAACGUUAAACCUUCUAAAAUCGUAAUGUCGAUCGUAUAUUAUGAUCAAGUACAACCAAUAGUGUAGAACAUGGCAAACUUCUGGUUCUUUCCACCGUUUAUCAAAAGUAGAUUAUGUCUUAAGGGUGUUUUAAACGAAUUCUCGUCUGUGUUCUGCUAUCCGAGCUAAUAUUAUACAUGGGAAUAUGAGUUUGCUACGUUUUUACGCCUUAAACUCAACCGAUCAUCGUGAAAUUUUGUACACACAUUAUUACGGGUACAGAAAAAGACAUAAGGUACCUUUUGUCCAGAACAAAAAUACUGUUCCCGGGGGAUAAAAGCAUUAGUUUUAUGUGGUCUUUGACACGCAUUUAUUGUAGGACAACAACGCGAGCGAAACCGUGGGUAAAACCUCUCAUAAAAUUUUGAACACACAUUUUCAGAGGUACAAUAAAGGACAUAUGGUACCUUUUAUCCAGAAAAAUAUACCAUUCCUGAGGAAAAGAAAAAAUUAGUUUUAUGUGGUCUUCGAUGAUCUUUGACAUGUAAACGAAACCAGGGGUGAGACCUAGUAGGUAAUAAACAUAAGAAGUUGGCUACGUUUUCAUGGACUUGAUUUGCCAACUUCUUCAGACAAUUGUCGAUUAUGGAAGCACUCGUCAGUAUUCCAAAACGGACUAUAAGUAUCUGAAUCCUCAAUAAGUUUAAUUGCGUUUUCAUCUGAACGCAUCGACUUUUACCCAUUAUAGUCGAACGAAUCGUGGGUCAAAAAUGUUGUUGCGAAGUUUAGUGUACAACAUAGAGUUUCUCAAUUAUACAAAACUACAGAUGCGGCUCCUAUCAGAGCCCUCCAAUUAAGUCAAAACAUUAACGAAAAAGACGUGUACACAUCAAUAUCGCGAUGAAACCCUAAAUACGCCGCUGAUUUUGUAUAUGUUUUCCCUGUUCGCGAGUGAAUCAAAAAUGCGAUUCAAAUACACUUUACGUCUUUGGUAAUGUUAAAACACAUGCCAUGUAUCGGUGGUGGCGUCGUAGGCGAGAGUAGUCGUCGGGUCCGAUGAUAGGGUUGCUGCGUUGCUGGGCAACGGGGGCGCAGUGUAUUCCUGGUCUCUCCAAUGGCCGGCAAUCCCGUCCGUGGACCGGCGACUCGGCUGCCACUAGUAUUAUACAUCGAAACGGGUAGUCAUUCUUGUCCUCUUCCACGAUAACCAAUCUAGGAUCUCAUUCCUCGCUCGACUGCACUAACUCUUAACUCGACACACAAACACACCGGUCAGUCUCUCUUGUACGUUUCGUCCUCCAAUAUCCGAUUAUGUUAUGCAUCAUCAUAAUCAUCAUCGUUAUAAUUAUUAUCUCAUCGUUAUACCACAGUGUGUCGGGUCGGUUCAAUUAGAAACUCCCAUCAAGAUGCAAACUAGUUGUGUAAGGGAUGAUGUGCUUGUGUGUCAAUCGUGUAACUGUUUCUUUGUAACCAAACUGAAUUUAAACAAAUUACGAAAUGUUUGAAUUUGAUAUGAAAAUAGGAUUCGUUUUUUAUUUUAUCUUCAUCCUGUAACCAAUCUUUUACCAAUUUUUGGUCGACUUAAAUAUUUUUCCCCUGUUAGUCUUUAUACUUGAUAGGGUACGGUAGUUAUAACCAUAGGUCGCUAUACCGAAACACCACAAUAUGUAUAUGCUGCAAAGAGGAGAAUGGGGAAACUCCUUUAGUUAACUUGGUAAAUACCAAAAUCUCGCUUUUUACAAUGGUUCAAGCCAAUUUUCAUUUGUAUGUUAUAAGAGCUCAGCAGGGUGUCGUAAAAAGACUUGUGCCUUGACGAAAAUGUGCUUUUGAGAAAUCAACGAGAUUGAUUCAUAAUUUCUAAUCCUUUUUAAGCAAUUUCCAAAUUUGGAAGCGCAAAAUUUACAGUAGUUCAAGGCAAUUUUAGUUUGUAUGAUAGAAAUAUGCGGCAGAAUGUCGCAAACAGACGUAUUGACGAAAAUUUGUUUUUGGAAAAUCAACAAAUGAUUCAUAAUUUCCCAUCCUUUUUAACCAAAUUUCCAAAUUUGAAAUGGCAAAAUUUCGCUCUUUACAGUGGUUCAAGACAAUUUUAAUUUGUAUUAUACAAAAACGCGGCGGGGUGUCGCAAAGAGACUUGUGUAUUGCCGAAAAUGUGCUUUUGGAAAAUUAACGAAAAUAAUUUAUAAUUUUCAAUACUUUUUAACCAAUAUCCAAAUUUGGAGACGCAAAAUUUAGCGCUUUACAGUGGUUCAAGUCAGUUUUAAUUUGUACCUAGGAAAUUAAAAAAAAAACGAUUCAAAUUUUCGUGUUCUGGUUCAUGUAGAGGAGGAUCUGAUAAGGUGACGAAAGUGAUUGAGCCCCUUGAGUCAGUCUAUUUCCGCUUAUUGUUAUUACUUUCUUUCUUAAAUCUGUUCUGAAUUCGUUAAAAAGAAAAAGAAAUGUUUCGAAGGCAGAAGGAAAUUACUGAAACAAGUGUGACGCGGUCGUCAUUAUCGUUUAUGGUGUGGUAGUAUCGUGUAUCCUGUUUGUUUGUUUGUGUCGUGAACGCAAUUGUUUUUGUAAAGAACAAGAGUGGAAAUGCAUUUUUCGCGUGACCUCCGUACCCACACACUCGUACAAACAAACGUACGUGUUCACGUGUGCCCUGUGGCAUAAUACUGUAUUUGCGAACAACUACGACAUGUGUAUGGUAUGUGUCAUUUUAAUUCACCCGCCUUUUUAGCGUGUCUUGGUUCAUUUUCUAUUUCUAUACCCAACUCUCUAACGUAUUAAAACCUUAAUCAAUACGGAACGUAUUGUGAUAAUCACGGUGGGCAAGUACCAACGACCCCGAAAGGGCAAGAACACAUGCCCGAUACCCCUCAGCUAUGUACGUUAGUUACAAGUCAUGCAAUUUUAAAAAGAUUAAAUUAAAAAUACACAGAAAGUUUGUUACCGAUUGUAGGGAAACCCCCGUUUGACAUUUCUUGUAAAACACGUCACAAAGAAAGAAAAACACAAAUAUGAUUGCUUUUAAUUUUUGUAUUUAGUUCAUUUGAUUUGAUUUGAUUUUUUAUCUUACGCAAGUUUAUUAGAAAGAGAGACGUAUCAGGAAGCGAAAUUAUUCUUUGUUAGUUAAUUAAUUUACUUAUGUUCGUGAAACUUUCAUAAUUACGGAAACCAGUACUUAUGUAUUUAUCCUGAAAUUUGAGCGCAUUGUUUCGUUCAUUUUGCCGAAAUAGGAUCACCAAGCACCCUCUGCUAGUUCGUAAGGGUAGGUCCCGAUAUUGAUCACUAGCCAGGGGUUCUAAACAGGCAGAGGGUAGGUAGGCCGCCACUAGUCGUUUCACCCAUUGCGAUCGUGUCAGAAUACAGAGUCCUGUAACUGCUAUCUGUCAACCGACAACCCUCGGGAACCUGGAAUUACAUUUCCUUGAUGAAAAAUUCGAAUAGUUGCGGGAAAACUCGCCAGAGGGAGCCUACAGUUCUAAAUAAUAUUUCGGUAGAGUCGGAAAAUUAUCAAGGGCGACGGAAACAGGACAAUAAACACUAAUUGGUGAUAAUAAUAAAAGAUUGGGUUUGUUUUGUAUAAUUCGCUAAUGAUUUAAGAUUAGUAGGUACAUAAUUUUUUAGUUACCUAUCUAAUCUACUAAAGCUCGGUUUUUAUAUUACGCAUACGUUGUAUCAAAAGUUGUUGGACUGAUUUAUUGAUAUAAAAUGGUUAAGUAAACUUGGAUUUAUCGUUGGGAUUUAUAAACAAGGAAAAAACAUUUUGUUCUGCACAAAAUCAAUUUAUAUACGGGGUGUCGGUCUACACUGUUCUACGCCAAUCAAAUAUGAUAUUAAUCGCAUUAAGAAUGAAACACUAGAGAAUAAAUGAGCGACAAUCUCGUUUAGUUUUGGUAAUAGGAUGGUUUGUAAAGUGCCUGUUAUUUUUAUGAAAGACUGUAGACCAGUUGGGCGUUCAUUUUUGUGAAAUGGGAACAGAGAAGGUUAAUGCGAUGAGUGGAUCUCGAAUUUUUUUUAUUUUAGUUGACAAAAGGGAAUAGAUAUAUAUAUAUAGAGCUACCCCACACUGAUUAAUUCUUGAAGCAGUUGGGCAAAAAAUCUUGUCAUAUACAUAAUCGUUAUAGAAGCCACCCUGUAUAAAUUGCAAGUAAACAUUUUAAAGUAAAUCCCUGCUGUUUGGCAUCAUUUUCGUAUAUACGUAAUACUGUGUUUUUCUCUGUCUGUCUCUCUCUCUCUUUAUAACGUAUAAAUUUAUCUCAUUUCGUCGUCCUGGUCCUUACGCUAGCCAGCGAGCGAUCUAGACGAUCGUUGUCGCUGUUUUUGUAAUAAACCCAAGUAGCCUGGCGCAGUCAAUACGAGUGCAUUUAUUGGUUGCAAUGCUCCGUUGCUCCCGGCGUCUGCUGCUGCUGCAAAACGACGCCGCCGUCGACGUCGUCGUCGGCGGCGUCGUUGGUACACAUCUAUCAAAAUUCUGCAAACGCGUCGUUACCUCUCCUGUUUCCAUCUCUCUCCAUCUAGCAUCAAUUGAACUCGUAUUAUCCCCUGAGCGGUGCGGCGGAGAUCGUUUUCAUUUGUACGGGACGAAACGGGAUCCAGAGUCGCCCGGUCCCAAACCCUUCUCGUAAUAGUCGUCGUAUUAUCAGUUGUUGUGUCGUACGUUGUUGAUUGCCGCCGUCGACCGAUCUUCUUCUUCGUCUAGGCAGUCGUCGUCGUUGUCGUCGUGGGUGAAACAAAAGAAUUGACGGUCGACUGUUUAGCGGGGCCUCCUACUGCUCGCUCCUCGACGCCGGACGGACGCUACGCGACGGCCAAAACAAACGCGUGUGGGUACGUACGUACGUGUGUGACCGACGACGAAGGGACGCGGCGCGUACGUGUGUGUGUGUGUGUGGGGGGAUGAAUGUGCGGCGGUCGCGUAUGUGUGCGGCAUUUGUUUAUCAGGACGACCACGUGUUUUCCGUCUGUUUCUGGCGCACGGGGACAAAGGACACCCUCAGCCAUUCAUAUUGAUUUUCUACCCCGCGAACGGCGGAAUAAAAAACUUGUUGAAUCUUUGUCCUGAUAACAUGUUGACAGUAUUAUUGCGCGGGGCGCGCGAGACGGAACUAAUAACAAUAAUAAUAAUAUCAUCAUAUUCGCAGUGUGCCAACUGACCGACAACACCCACUCUUCUAACAUUUUUGACCCCCUUUCGAAAUUAUCGUUUGUUGUGACGUCAUUCCGCAAGAUGGAUUCAAACGACGAGCCUUUAAAUUUAACAGUUAAGAAACGUCCUGUUGCCAUAGUGGCACCUUCCUCCAUAAACGAUCUCAAUAACUAUCUCGCAAAACAUAAUAACAGCAAUAAUAACAUCAAUAACAAUAUCAAAGAAAAACCGGAAGAUGUCGCGAACAAAGUCGAAGACGAGCCGCAAGACUUGUCUCUUAAAAAACGAAACAAUGACCAUCCUGAAAACUGUCGUGAUCAAAACAACUUUGAUGAUCUGAAUAGCUUCCGUAAAAAAUACUUUUAUGCCAGCCCGAACGAGGGCGGCAAUAACGAUUUGAAUAUGAAGGGCGAAACGAAAAACAGUUACAAUAAAAAUUCGUUCAUGGAAGCAAUGAAGGAGAGAGAGCUAAAGACAAACAUAAUGAAUUCCGUCUAUAAGUCGAACAACAUUUACGAUUAUCUGAACAAUCGGAACUUGGAGACGCCCGAAAAUAUUUAUUCCGUUAUCAAUUCGUUGGCCGAACAAAAAUUUUUGACCGCAUGGUACAUGAGCUCCAUGUUUAGCGGCGGCGGUUUCCCGUAUGCGGGCGGCUUCGUCCCUCCGAACUUUCCGAACAUCCCCGAUAUGUUGUCGCCGAAUUUGACGAACGCGCCCGGUAACAAUUCCAUUCUGAACAAUCUCCUGGACAAGAAGGUCUUCAAAGAUGAGAAGCCGCUCCUGGGAAUUGAUAAGAUAAUAAAAAACGAAGUUGAACGACCCUACGAUUGUUUCACGAAAAACGAGGUUAAUUUUGGUAGCGAUAACAACCGUAUCGAUAAUAGGAAUCAAAUAGAUCAAAAGAAUAACAUUGGUGAUACUAAGAAUAGUCAAGACAGUAAUAAUUCCGGGGAGAAGAAGAAACCCCAUAUAAAGAAACCACUGAAUGCCUUCAUGCUUUAUAUGAAAGAAAUGAGGGCUAAAGUGGUUGCAGAAUGCACCCUCAAAGAGAGUGCGGCCAUCAAUCAAAUUCUAGGACGAAGGUGGCACGCUCUGGGUCGCGAGGAGCAGGCCAAGUACUAUGAGUUGGCGCGCCGUGAACGACAGCUGCACAUGCAGCUCUACCCCGAUUGGUCUUCACGGGCCAACGCGACCUCUCGCGGCAAGAAGAGGAAACGCAAGCAAGACCCCAACGACGGAGGUAGCAACCCGCACCACACUCACAGCUUACUAAAUCUUUUCAUGCAUACCAAUCACCAAUCUCAUCAUCACUAUUUUAGUACCUAUUUAUCACAUUGCAAUAUUUUUGUAUACUCCUGGCGUUGCCCAGCCGUCCCUCCCUAAAUUGCUGCAUUUUUUUUUUCAUUUUUGGCAUAGAAAUUUUGUAAUUUUUUUGGUACUUUUUAUAAGUAAUAAUUUUAAAUCAACAUUUCGAAUGUGACGGAGGGUGAAUUUAGUAAGCUGUGAGGUUUAUUAAUCUGUCUCCCUAUUAUAUUAUAUUUGCAUGUUUGGUUGGGGGUUAUAUAUAUUUAUAUAUCUGCUACAUUUUUAUUAUUAUUAUUAUUAUUAUCAUCAUCACACUGUUAAUAUAGUAAUAAUUAUCUAAAACUAUUUUCACAUACACAAACAGUCUGGCCGGCCUCCCCAAUCACACACUGUUGUGGAGACACUUCGUAUGCACGUUGUUUUCGCUGUCUCGGGGCAUUUUUAUAAUUUUUUCCGUCUUUUCUCCCUCCCACACUGUGUGGUAUUAUUAUUUAUUACGUUUUGCAUGAUCCGUUUUAUUUUAUUUUAUUUUUAGUACGUUCUAUGUAGUCCAAACUUUUCACUAAUUUGCUUACCAGUUACAGUCCUCAAAGCAUGUUACAAAAAACUACCAGUAAUAUAGUUUUUAUUAUUAUUAGUAUUUUAGUAGUUUAAUUUUCGAUUUUAUAUUCACUAGUCAUU